GAGUCACAUGACAAUCCAAGAUGGCGACGAUCGACAUUCGUCUGAAGAAAGUGAACAAGGUUUAUAGGGAAGGGGAUGUCGUAUCCGGUGUUGUGGUGGUGCAGAGUCGUGGGGAGUUACAGCACCAGGGCAUCACCCUUGCGGUAGAUGGCGUUGUUAAUCUACAGCUCAGUGCCAAAAGUGUUGGCGUCUUUGAGGCCUUCUACAACUCUCUCAAGCCUAUCCAGUUGAUCAACUACCACCUCGAUGUGGCCAAACCUGGCAAGCUACCAUCAGGGAAGACUGAGAUCCCCUUCGAGGUACCGCUCAGAGCGAAGGCAGGAAAAACACUGUACGAGACAUACCAUGGAGUAUUUGUCAACAUACAGUACUGUGUGAAGGUGGACAUGAAGAGAUCUCUGCUCAACAAGGACCUUCAGAAGCAGACCGAAUUCAUUGUCGAGUAUAAGGAACAAGAAGAGAAGUCAAAGCCAAAACUUGUCAACUUCACGAUCACCCCAGAAACAUUGACGAAUAUAAAGGAGAAACAGAAUGUGCCAAGGUUUAAAGUGAAAGGAAAGCUCAGCUCGUCCAAUCUGCAGAUAACGAAGCCGUUAACAGGCGAGCUGCAAGUUGAUCAAUGUGAUGCACAGAUCAAGUCUAUCGAGAUCCAGCUGGUCAGAGUAGAGACAUGUGGCUGUGCAGAGGGGUAUGCUAAAGAUGCGACGGAGAUACAAAACAUCCAGAUAGCUGACGGAGACGUGUGUCGGGGGCAGAACAUCCCUAUCUUCAUGAUCUUUCCACGUCUCUUCACCUGCCCAACUUUGUCAACAAGUAACUUUAAAAUUGAGUUUGAGAUCAACAUUGUACUUGUGUUCCACGAUGAUCACCUAGUGACAGAGAACUUUCCCAUCAAACUGACCCGCUUCUGAACAACAUAUGACGGUGCUUGUCGCAACUCUUUGAAGGCAGUACAUGUGACUGCCAAACGUUGUCAUCACGACAGAUGGACCGACAAUACUGUACCUCAGCCACCUACAGCAAGGAUUCAGUUAGACCUGCCCAGAUACCUACAUUCAGCCCAAUGUUUAUAGUUUUUUUUUAUGUAAAAAUUCCCACCCAAAUGAGAAUUGUAACUUUCCCAUCAUUCUUAUAAAUUUGUCGGUUGAAGAGAUUGAUAACAGCAUGAUGAAAUAUGAUGAUCAACUAAUACAAGUACUGGAAUCUGAUAAAGUGUUAUCCCAAAUAUAACAAUAUACAUUUGACCUCUUUCUAAAUGGCAUUCUGUAUUCAUUAAUAGGAAGAGGUUCAUUUCUUUAUUAUAUUGAACGUAAUGUUCAAAUGCAAAGUUGAAAUAUCUGGGAAGACACAAAUCUAAGAGAUAUCAAGUUUGAACAAACUAUUUUCAUUAUUAUUGCCUGUGAAUGGCAUGAGUUAGUAUAGAUGCUGUAUGUAUCCCUGAACAAUGGAUCAUGUUUAGCACCACUUUAAACAGUAUGUCAGUUACAUCACUGUGUGUCUGGUUGAUAGUAGUG